AUGGCAUUUAAAGUGUUUCCCAACUAUUCUUUGUUCACUCAACAAACCGCUGCGAUUGUUGUUCGUUCCUUCCCAGAUGCUUUGAUAGAUGUCUUUGCCGGGCACAUAAUCAAAUUCCUGUACUCAGUUAAUUAUUUCCAGCUAGUUGACAAAUUUAAUGAAUGGUUUGUAUCCGCUUUCGUGUCUGCUGGUCGUAUAAGGUUCCUUAUGCUUCACACCCAGCGAUGCGAUGAAGGAAUUAAGCAGUUUUUUCAGGAGAUGUACGAGACCUAUAUAAAGUAUUCGAUGAACCCAUUUUACACCAUCAACUCUCCUAUAAAAUCACCCGCAUUCGAUCAGAAGGCUGCUUUAUAUGGAAGGAAGUAUCUUGUCUAA